CAUAUCUUUGUCAUCGAUGGAUGGAUUUUCAAAUAACUUGGCAUGAAUGUGUACCACAGUAAGACGACGUGUCGCGCGCAAGACCCAGGUCCGUAGCUCAAAGGUCAAGGUCACACUUAGACAUUAAAGGACAGUGCAUUGAUGGGCGUGUCCGGUCCAUAUCUUUGUCAUCGAUGGAUGGAUUUUCAAAUAACUUGGCAUGAAUGUGUACCACAGUAAGACGACGUGUCGCGCGCAAGACCCAGGGGCCCGUUUUAUCAUCGAGGUCGGUCGUAAGGCCGGUCGCAUCGUAAGACAGAUAUUUAAGAUUUUUUCUGCGACUACGGCCGAACCGUUUUAUGAACACGGUCGUACAUCUUCGGUCGCAGCUAAGACUGUUUUCCGUCGUACGACCUAAAAAACAGUGAUGCAGUCUGAAAUGUAAACAUCCGGGUCACGUGACUUAUGUCAAAAAUCGUCUGUAUCUAAUGACAAGAUGUCCGCUACAAAAGUAAAAACAAGCAGAAAGAGUAAUUGGCAAGUAAACGAAGUCAGCGUCCUUGUCAACGGAUGCACAGACAAUGUGUCUACCAUUUAUGGUAGGCACGGAGACACAAGUGAAAAGGAAAAGGGGCAGUUCUGGAGGGAUAUUUGUGAAAGAAUUAACAGUAUUGGAGGGUCAGACAGGUCGGUAGAGGAGGUGAUGAAAAAAUGGAAGGAUUUGAAGAGUCAGACAAAGAAGAAGGAGCAGAUCAGGAGGAAGGAAAUGGGGAAGACAGGUGGAGGUGGGGCAGUGAAUUCAUUGAGAGAUUGGGAAGAGAAGAUAAUAUCAGUAAUACCUUCUGCCGUAAUAGAUGGACUCAAUGAUGGACAGGACAUUUUCAAAAAGAAUGCUGAAGGUGUCAAGGAAACAUGUGUGCAACCAAGUACGAGUGAGACCGUUGUGCAGGUGGAGGGGGAGGAGACAGUGGUAAUCCACCCAAGUACUAUUCAAUGUACAGGUAUCUAUAUAAUGUUAUCAAGGGCUGUCCUUUGA